AUGUCCGACAGCACAGUUCUAAAGUUGCGAGAGAGCCUUUGCUCAGAGUCGACCCCACUACCUGUUCGAUUUCGGGCUCUCUUUUCAUUGAAACAUGUUGCGACUACUGGUGAGCCUGCCACUGCCGUCGAGGCCAUCGAGGCCAUCGCGGCUGGCUUCUCGUCGCCGUCGGCACUUCUAAAGCAUGAGCUGGCGUACUGUCUUGGACAGACUAAGCAUGAUGCUGCCAUCAAACCGCUGAGAGACGUUCUUUCUGAUUUGCACGAGGACGCCAUGUGCAGACACGAGGCGGCGGAGGCUCUAGGUGCGUUGGGCCGUGCCGAAAACUUGGAAAUCUUGAAAUAUUUCCGCGAUCGCGAAGGCGAGGAGUUAGUGGUUACCGAGACAUGCGAGAUAGCCAUUGACCGUAUAGAAUGGGAGAAUUCCGAAGAGCGCAAGCAGGAAAAGUUGAGGCACAGCGACUUCGCCUCGAUCGACCCUGCUCCGCCUCUAUCCGAGUCCGACAAAACGGUCGAGGAACUUGAGCGGACUUUGAUGGACACCGCCCAACCAUUGUUCAUGAGAUAUCGCGCCAUGUUCGCCUUGCGGGACUUGGCUUCGCCACCCGACCGCCCGACCGCAAUUCCGGCAGUCCUUGCUCUUGCAAAGGGAUUAUCCGAUUCUUCUGCGCUGUUCCGCCAUGAAAUUGCUUUUGUCUUUGGCCAGCUAUCACAUCCAGCUUCAAUACCCGCCCUAACUGCAGCCUUGAGUAACAUCGAAGAGGCGAGCAUGGUGCGUCAUGAAGCUGCUGAGGCUCUGGGAAGUCUCGGGGACGAGGAGGGCGUAGAAGAGAUUCUAAGACGCUUUCUUCACGAUGAUGAAAAGGUGGUCCGAGAAAGCGUCAUUGUUGCCCUAGACAUGGCAGAGUAUGAGCAGAGCGGCAAUGCUGAAUAUGCGUUGAUCCCGGAAACCGCUAGCGCUUCUGCGUAA